UCCUGGCUCUGCGUCUGGAUCUGUGUCCGGAUCUGCUUCUGGUUCCGCUGGGCUUUUCCCUACGACUGCUUCUGGAUCCGUCUCCGGUUCUGCCGCUGGCACCAGCUCUGCGUCUAUGUAUACCUCCAUUUCCGGCCCUGCCUCUUCGAUCCCCUUGAUUACUUCCACCAAGGAGUCCUCGAGUCUGGCAUCUGCGACGCCUUCCUAUGCCCCGUCCACUACCAGCAAGGAAACCCCCACCCCGAUUGAACAACCCACCACGACGACUACCUCGGCCGCUGAGACGACUGUAACCCCUACACCGACCACGACCACCUCCGACUCUGACAACUAUCUGCCGUCGAGUAUUCUCGUGGUUGAGCCCACGACUACUACGGCAGUGAGCACGGGCACGGCUACCCAUUCGAGUACCAGCACUGCUGCUGCUCAGCUUCCGGGAUCAAUCUCUCCUUCUGGUGGCCUUCCCGAUCAGCCAGCCAACGAUACUUUGGUCCAGAUCGGAUUCAAUGGCAAAUUGCGCUGGAGCUUUGUGGCCACAACGCCCUUGUCUUCCUCCCAGAUCUUCAUGUAUGUUCCGGAGGGUCUGGGCUACGCGUUGCAGCUCAAUGACUCUGACGUGGUCAUGUAUGACCUCCAACCCUACGACAACUCGGCAAGCACUGGCUACAUUGCUACCGUUGCCCUGAUGUACAUCCCUUCAGAUGAUGUUGACACCCUGCGGAAGAUGCUCCACAACCCCAUCUCGAGGCUCUACGAGCAGCCUAACGAGACGGUCAAGACGUUGAUGGCCAUGAUCGACCCUUCCAUUCCUCUUCUGGUGGGUGACUCGGGCUCUUCCAGUGGCAGCUCGUCCAGCAGCGGUGGCUCGGGUGGUAGCAGCGGCGAUGGCGAUGGCAGUGACAGUGGCUACAACCAAGGCGACGCUGGUACCAGCUCAUCCGGUACAACCAAGGCUAGCGCCGUUGGUAUUGGAUGUGGUGCUGUGGCCGGUGCUGCAGCAUAUGGUGCUGGUAUGUUCUGGGUUGCGCGUCGGUACCGGAAGAAGCGCCAGCUGCACCAGCGCUCCCCCUCGAGCGUCGACCAGAUGAGCGAAGGCCGCGGGGCCGGGUCCGUCCUCGGCGCGGGUGGCCGUCUCUCUCGCAACAGUCAAAACAGCCGGGGCACUGGCCGCACUCAGAUGAUCAGUGCACCGGUGAUGGCCGAAAAUUCGCUCGGCUGGAACUAAGCCCAUCAGUAUUUCACCUAUAAACAAUGGAUCGUGUACUUUGUUCAAAAACUAGACAGGGCCAAAAUAUAAGCCAGAGCCAUGACGCAACGCUCUAGAGAGCUUGUUGGGGGCUUUGAGCCCCUAAUCUGUGUGGAAUACAUACCAAGCGUUGUUGAUGUUGCCAUUUGUUCCCAACUGUAUUCACAUUUAUCUUUGUAUGCCAUCGUGCCCUCAUUUUCCCGGCAUUUGUCUGUUUAUUUAUAUCC